AUGUCUGAUAGGCUUUAGGCUUCACGGAAGCAUCUGCUUAUGUGAUUAUGCUUCCAUUGAACAUGCGGGGACAUGGAAAAGACCGACAAGAGUGUAAAUAGUGUUGGAUUGCUGUGAAGCCAAUGACUUAUUUUAUCGGAGAUUAAACACGGUUGGAUCAUAGAUUAUUGCGUAACAGAAAUUCAACAUUUAUUUGGAGAAUGUCAACUCGCAUGGACCGUUUCAUGUAUAUUUUGGUCGUUUUGGCCUAUAAUUCUUACUCGAGUCUCUGUAUUCAGCCCGAAGUUCCACGCAUAUAUCAAAACUCAGAGGUACCAACAUCACACCAAAACUUUCAGAUACAAAUCAAAGAGCUUCGGUACUUAGCCAUCAUUAAGGCCAACAUACUGAGGCGUUUAGGGAUCAUGGAUCCUCCAAUGCGCCCAAUUGUUCCUCCACUCACCACCAAACCCCCACCAAUGUCAAAGGUGAUGGCUUUUAGAUCACGAGAUAUCACCAGAAUUCUCUCGGAAGUACCAGCUACGGCCGCUGACACUCACACCAUUCAGUUUGAGCUAUCCGACAUUUCGUCCGAUCAUCGAACGGUUAUAGACAUAGUAAAUUUACUCGUGAGACUCAAAUACAAGAAGAAAAGAAAACAAAAGAGUUUGGAUUUCCAGUCGGUUAAAUCAUCGAAUAAAAACAACAUUGAUUUGACAAAGAAGAGCAAAAAAGACAGACGUCGAAAGCAAUCUUUGGAAAUCAAGCUUACGGUGUCCAAUGUGAAGCACGAUGGAAAACAAGGGACUGUACUCACAUCGGUGAAAUCUCGCCUCAAAAAGACAAAGACUCUCCAGUUAACGUUACAGCCGUCAAUCCUCGUAGACGCACUUAAUUCUGACAGCCGAACAUUGCAGUUGCAUAUUGUCUGCGGCGGGUGCGGGCGUCGAGCCGCCUUGAUUCUUCUACACAAACACAAAAAGCGAAAACGUGCAAAGGGCAAUAACACAGCCAGAUCGUUACACAAACGACGUCCAGUUUUAUUAAUACAAACUCAUAAAAGUGUGCCUAGUUGACCAUAAUGGUCUGAUUGUAGAGGAAAGUUUGUUCAUUUUCACUACGUUUAAUUUAUUUCUAAGGUUUAAAACAUGCCAACGCAAAUUUAAUGUUAUUGUAGGACCUUUAAAUCGAAACCUUUCAAGACAGAAAUGAACUUGAAAACAUCGAUAUCGGUUAUAUUGAAAUGUCAACAAUUUAAGAAAUAUUUAAGUCGAAAGGGACGUGAAAAGUGGUGGUGAUUUCUAGAUUGUAUUUGUUUAGGCUAAGUUUAUAAAAUUGCAGUUUAUAAUAAAAUAUUCAAAGUUGUUUGCACAACGAUAAAAAAAUACUAAUCGUUAUUUCCAGAAUAUUAAUUUAAGGAAGGCUCCCGCAAAACUUUAUUUCCUUUACAUUCUCAUUAUUUUACUGUUACCAUUUUAAUAUUCAUGCAAAGUGUAUUUAAUGAUAUUCAGAUUUGUCAAGGUUUUGUUAUUAAGCAUUCGUUUUGAACAUAAUUGUUUCAUGCUGAUCUCUAAUUAAUCACAUUGUCGUGUUAUUGACAGAUAUGAAAUGUGAUUUUGCUUAACGUUUAUCGUCAGUAAAAGUUUCAACAAUAUGUAUUUAUUAAAAUAUUUAUUUAAUUAAAAGAGUUGUUUUAAUAAAAAAAUGUGUCUUG